ACUCUGGGGAGUCAAAGCUCAUUGGUUGACGCAUGCGCAUUGCGUGCUAAACUCUUCGAAAACAGGAGCGCGGUGAAGUACCUCAGCUGAGUCCAUUUCUGCGAUUUCAUUUGUGGAAAUGUGCUCGACAUUUUUGUCUAAACGUUGUAUAUCAAGUAUUCACAAGGGUAUAUCGGUUUAAGUUUUCUUUGGUAGUGUUAUUUACGUUAGCCUAGCCAGACGCUGCAACAGUUACAUUAGCUUUACAUUCACUUUAUGGUGAUCUAAGCUAGUUUACGUUAGCAGAGAUGAAGCCUGUAAGAGGCUCUAACCGGGCUGCUUCAACAGCACCUAACCUGAAGAAAAAGAAAAAGACUGACCAAACGACAGAACAACAAUCGGCAGAGAAUCAGGACCCCAAGCCCAGUGGCAAGAGCACCAAGCCAAAAGCAGCCCAGAAGAGGAAAGCUGAAGGCUCACCUUCAGUACCUCUCAAAGUCAAAGGAGAGGAAAAGUGGAAGCCAAUGCCCGGAUCCUCCAUCAUUGCUCUGGAAAAAAUGACGGAUAUUUCCACACUAGCAACUAUUGCUUUGAUGCGGAAAGAGAAGAAAGAGAUCCAGGAACAUCUAAACAUAAUCAAAAGCAGGUUUCUUGCUAAAUGUGCAGAGCUCAAAGUGCCAGUGCAGAAACAAAAUGAUUUGGAGCAAUCCUAUCAACGCCACCAAGAGGAAGCCAAGAAGUCUGCGGUUGGAAAGACAACCCUGAGCAAACUCGAGGAAAACCUGAAAUCUGUGGUCUGUGCUCUGGAGAAGAUUGAGGAGCAGACUGUCUCUCUGCAGCACACUUGCAGCAAACUAAGGGAUCAGGUGAAGGAGGAGGAGGAGAAAGCUAAAGAGAUCCUACAGUUAGCUAAACAAGCAAAGCCCAACCUUCCCUCUCUUCCUCCACAAAAAGAUAAAACAACAUUAGAGGCUCGAUUGAAAAAAAUUAUACCAGAAAGUGACUCUUAAGCCACUUCCCGCAAACUUGGAGAAAUCCUGCAGGAGUCAGAGACCACUGAGGAUACCCAAGCGCUGCUUCAGCAGGCAUAGAGACCGGCCGUUCAGCUGUUCAACCAUGGCUCCAAUAACAUCAGUAUUGCACUUUCUUCUUAGAGGUCUGAAAUGUUUUUUUUAAGGAUGUUUGUACAUAGUGUUGGUGUACAGGAAAAUGUAUAUUUUUUUUAUAUUACUCAGUUCUACCUUUUGUGGUGGUUAAACACCUGCAGAUAGAAAUGUGUCUGUGUGGUUCUUCAAGAUUAAAUCGUAAUGAUUCAUGUUGUUUUUAUUGGAAAGCUGUCAGAGGAAAUGGGUGGAGAGAUUGAGAGGCAUGAUAUGCAUCUAAAUUCUUCAUUUCAGCCGGAAUUGAUGAAUGUUGCGGUCUUGUGGUAUACACCUUAACCAUUCCCCUUCUCAAGUGUGCAGUAUUAUGUAAAGAAUUCAGUUUCUCAUCAAUAUUAUAAUGGAAUACCCUUUUUCACUAUCGAAGCAUUUUACGUUUUAGUUUUUUUGUUAGAAAGUUCAGAUAUGCAAUUUCUCUUUAUUCAUGGUUUGAGCCUAAAUAACAGAACGCAUUAAAUAAAUACUGUACCUGCAAAUAAAGAGUGACUAGUUGGACCUUUGA